ACACAUAUGGUUAUUGAAAUAUCAUAUGUAGUAUUUUAAGCUCAACAAAUAUAAGGUUGACAGUUACUCACAGUCAUCUGUUGUUGGUGGCAAACCUAACCAACCAAUAAGACUAACUAAUAACUAACCCAACUAACUCAUGUUGAAACCUCGUUUACGCUGUCGUUAGUUAAGCCAACAUUGCUAACGGACGGUAGUUAACAGUAUCCAACUUGACAGCUAUGCUGUCGAUUGUCCUGAUCUAGCGUUAACGUUAUUCCAAGCUAGCCAGUAUUAACAUUAAAGGGUUCGCUUGGCCAGUUAGCCUUAGCCCGGAGAUGUAAGUACUGUGUUGAGGCAACAUGGCCAGAAAAUUAGCAAAGCUCCGAUCUGACAGCGUUGCCCCUCGUCACAAUACCUUUGUUUAACUUAGACCGUCGGAACAGUAACGUUUUAAAUGGCAAUAGCCUAAACCUUUGCUAGCAAGCAAGUCAGCUACUUCGCGGUGGACUUGUUUCACCCCACAUGUAUCACACUUAGCUUUCAGAGGACUAGCUGUCCUCUCCUCCUUCGUGUCUGUGUCAAGAGUUCAACUUUAAACCACUUCGCAGAGGCAGACUUUCAGCUCCAUCCGUUUUGUGUCACUUUCACUUGUUAUAACAGCAGGACCCAGUCACUAACGUUGACAAUUAAGGAAAUUCUAACCAAACUGAGGUGUGGCUUUGGCGAGGGUAUGGAGCACCCUGUGCACAGAGGGGAGGCGAUGCCCAUCGGACUGCAUGACAGAUCCCUCGUGGAGGACGACGACGCUCACAUGAAAGUUGCUCUGGGCUAUGGUGAUAUGGGCAUCUCUGCUCACCUACAGGCAUCAAAGACAGGAAACACUCGAUUUUUCACAAGCAACACACACAGCUCAGUGGUUCUUCAGGGAUUUGACCAACUGAGGAUAGAAGGUUUACUAUGUGACGUCACACUGGUGGCAGGGGACGGCGAUGAAGCUUUCCCCGUACACCGUGCCAUGAUGGCCUCCUCCUCCGACUACUUCAAAGCCAUGUUCACAGGUGGAAUGAAAGAACAAGAUUUAAUGUGCAUCAAGCUUCACGGAGUCAACCGAAUAGGCCUGAAGAAAAUCAUUGACUUUAUUUACACAGCCAAGUUGUCACUCAACAUGGAGAAUCUGCAAGACACACUUGAAGCAGCCAGCUUCUUACAAAUCCUCCCUGUGCUGGAUUUCUGCAAGGUUUUUCUUAUAUCUGGGGUUUCUCUCGACAACUGUGUAGAGGUGGGGCGCAUUGCCAACACGUACAACCUCACUGAGGUUGAUAAAUAUGUCAACAAUUUCAUCCUGAAGAACUUCCCCUCGCUGCUGGGCACGGGAGAGUUUGUCAAGCUACCAUUUGAGCGGCUGGCUUUUGUACUGUCCAGCAACAGCUUGAAACACUGCACUGAGUUAGACCUGUUCAAGGCCGCUUGCCGCUGGCUGCGAUACGAAGACGGUCGUAUGGACUAUGCCCCAAAGCUCAUGAAGAACAUACGCUUUCCCCUCAUGAACCCACAGGAGCUCAUCAAUCAUGUGCAGACAGUGGACUUUAUGCGCACGGACAACACCUGUGUCAACCUUCUCCUGGAGGCUAGCAACUACCAAAUGAUGCCCUACAUGCAGCCAGUUAUGCAGUCAGAACGGACAGCCAUCCGCUCAGACAGUGCCCACCUGGUCACCCUGGGCGGUGUUUUGCGCCAGCAGCUUGUUGUGAGUAAGGAGCUGCGUCUUUUUGAUGAGAAGGCUCAUGAGUGGAAGGCGCUAGCGCCCAUGGAUGCACCCCGCUACCAACACGGCAUUGCAGUCAUCGGCAACUUCCUCUACGUGGUGGGUGGCCAAAGCAACUAUGACACCAAAGGCAAGACAGCAGUGGACACGGUGUUCCGGUACGACCCUCGCUACAACAAGUGGAUGCAGGUGGCAUGCCUUAAUGAGAAACGUACCUUCUUCCACCUCAGUGCACUCAAGGGACACCUCUACGCUGUCGGUGGAAGAAACGCUGCCGGGGAACUCGCUACUGUGGAGUGCUACAACCCAAGGACAAAUGAAUGGACAUAUGUUGCCAAAAUGAAUGAGCCACAUUAUGGCCAUGCUGGGACGGUAUAUGGUGGUUAUAUGUAUAUUUCAGGGGGAAUCACUCACGACACUUUUCAGAAGGAACUGAUGUGCUUUGACCCAGAUGCAGAUAAAUGGACUCAGAAAGCACCCAUGACGACGGUGCGCGGCCUCCACUGCAUGUGCACAGUGGGCGACCGUCUCUACGUGAUCGGGGGCAAUCACUUCCGGGGCACCAGCGACUACGACGACGUGCUGAGCUGUGAAUACUACUCCCCCGCUCUUGACUUGUGGACACCUAUUGCCGCCAUGUUGCGAGGCCAGAGCGACGUGGGCGUGGCCGUGUUUGAGAACAAGAUCUAUGUGGUGGGUGGCUACUCGUGGAACAAUCGCUGCAUGGUGGAAAUAGUACAGAAGUACGACCCCGAGAAGGACGAAUGGCACAAAGUGUUUGACUUACCCGAGUCGUUGGGCGGGAUCCGAGCCUGCACACUCACAGUAUUUCCCCCUGAGGAUAUCUCGGGCUCGCCCUCCAGAGAGUCACCCCUGUCAGCACCUUGAUGAGUAAAGGGGGGGAGCCCUGUUUUGCUCAGACCCCCAUGACCCCUCGUCCACCCAACGCCCUCAACAAACACACCUUAUAGACAUUGUUUGCACUUCCUCUUUGGACAACAUCUGUACUGCAUCCCUAAGUAUGCCCAAGUCCACCUCCCCUAUGCUGUGCAGAAACCCCUCCCUAAGUGAUUAAACCCACGUACCGAUAUGGUUUGGCAACCUAAUUACAUGUUAAUGUUGCAUACUCGGUAUAUUUUGGCAGGAAAUACCUUGACUUGAAAAGUGACUUUGCAAAUCAACUUUUCUACCUGAUGUCUACAGCGUUUUCUUAUGUCUCGUUUCUUUAGGCGUUCUACCUUGAGAUGUUGACUACCGCACUGACUCUCUCUUCUAGUCUAUGCCAGGUUAGAUGCAGGUGACCCCAGAGAGCAGACGCGUAGGGACGGAUGAGCUCUGAGAACACAGCUGGUUUUUAACUCAGGGGUUGGCGCAGGCCCCAUCUACGUCUCUCUCUCUCUCUUACAGUUUCAGUUCUUUCCUGCUAUUGCUAUGAAACUGUUAAUAAAAUGGUGUUUUCUAAAUUUAAUAAACAUGAUUUUGAAAGUAACUAAAA